AUGAAUUCUGACUAUGAGAGUGAGGAGUUGCUUAGCCUUGAUGAAUCAUCAUCAAGCAGUGAGGGUGGUGAUGAUUCAAGUGAUGAUGACAUCCCUGUUGCUGAGGUUGACAAUUCUAUUAGGAGCAGCAAAUACCCAAUCUUUAGGCCAGUAGCCAAAGCUGAGAACCUUAGUCCAUGGUGGGUGUGGGGUAUAAAAUUCGUGAAAAAUGACUUGGUGAGAGUGAGAGCCCGAUGUCAGCCAGGGUGCAAGUUUGUUGCCUACCUUGCAAAGGUGCCAAGGGAGAAGAGUUUUAGAUUGAAAACACUGAACAUGGAACACACAUACAGCAGAAGCUAUAGAAAUCCAAGGUGCACAACAUCAUACAUUGGGAAGAAGUUAGUGAAGAGGGUUAGGAGACAGCCUGGCAUAAAACUUAAGGAUAUUCAGGAUGCUGUGCAUGAGAAGUAUAUGGUUGACAUAAGUGCAGACAAGGCAAGUAGGGUUAGAGAGAAAGCUCAAGAAGCUAUUGAUGGGACCCACACUGCACAGUUCAACCAACUAUGGGAGUACUGUGAUGAGUUGAGAAGGUGUAGUCUUGGGAGCACAAUAUUGAUGAAGGUGCAUACUUAUGAUGAUGGUGAUUUGGCAGCUGAGCAUGGAUUGGCAACCGGGCUGCCAUAUUUUGAAAGGAUCUACAUCUGCCUUGAAGGUUGCAAGAAGGGCUUCUUGGCAGGGUGCAGGCCAAUCAUUGGUCUAGAUGCAUGCCAUUUGAAGACCAAGACUAGUGGGCAGCUGAUGUGUGCUGUUGGCAGAGAUCCCAAUGAUGAAUACUUCUCAUUCGCUUAUGCAGUAGUAAAGGCUGAAACAAAGGACACUUGGACCUGGUUUCUUAAUUUAUUGCUUGCUGACAUAGGAGAUGACAAGAUAUGGGUGUUCAUAUUUGACCAACAGAAGGGGUUGGUGAACACCUUUGUUGACAAUUGGCCACAGUACGAGCACAGGAUCUGCUAUAGACAUUUAUACCAAAAUUUGAGGAAAAAUCAUCCUGGUAUCCUUAUUAGAGACCUUUUUUGGAAAGCAGUCAAGGCUACCUAUCGGCAAGCAUUUGAGAGGGCAAUGAAUGAGCUAAAGGAGGUGGAUGAAGAUGCAUUCAAGUGGCUGCAAUCUCAAUCACCAACUAUCUAG